UAAUGGAAACUAAAUGUAAAAGAAAUGGUUGUAAGAAGCCUUACAAUGAAAAUGAAAAUAAUGAUCAAGCAUGUAAACAUCAUCCUGGAAAACCCAUUUUUUCAGAUCUCAAAAAAGGAUGGACAUGUUGUAAUAAGAUAGUAUAUGAUUGGGAUGAAUUUAUGAAAAUUGAACCAUGUGCUUUUGGUAAACAUACAAAUAUAGAUGUCACUGAAGGUGGUGAAUUUUAUUAGUCAAAAACUGUAUAGAAUGCUUAAAAAGGUAUUAAUGUAAAUUCUAGAAUAUUAGGAAUUGAUAAUUUUGUUGAUAACACUCCAUAACCUGUUAGAAAAAUAGAUGAUUAUAAUAAAGAAGAAGCUGAAAAGAAGAAAUUAUUAGAAUAAUAAUAAGGUUUUAAUUUCUAUUUAUACUAAAUUAGCUAAAGUAUAAAAACAAAUAUUUGUUACUCCAACAGGAAAAUAUAAAUGUACAAAUAAAGGAUGUUUGAAAGAAUAUGAUCCUAAUGAAAAUACUGAAUGUCUUUAUCAUCCAGGAGAACCUUGUUUCCAUGAUCUUAAGAAAUUUUGGACAUGUUGUAGAGUAAUUUAAUAUAUUUAUAUAAAAAGGUUGAAAAAUAUGAUUGGGAUGAAUUCAUGAAAAUACCAACUUGUGCUAAAGGUUCACAUAUACCUAAAGUAAUUUGAA